AUGGUGAGAAAAACUCUUCGAGCACUUACACCAGAAUGGGAGAAAAAGACGACCGAAAUUGAAGAAGCCAAUGACCUCUCAACACUUACCCUAGAAGAUCUUGUUGGGAAUUUAAUGGCAUAUGAACUGGGCUGUCUUGUCGUUCCGGCGCCGUUCCCAGUGCUCGCCGGAAUAGUCGCAUGUGUUUUGUUCUUCUCUCAGCGCCGCCCGAUCGCCGCAUCCUUUGCUCGGCACGACUCAGCUCACGUGGAACCUCGCCGUCGUCUCUCCACCCCCUCGGCCGCGGUCCUCUCUACCUCUCCGCCGUGCUUCACGCCACGGCGUCCGCUGCUCUGGUUCAACCCUGUUGGGUCGGGUCUGGCCUUAUCGGGGAUCCGGAGUCACAGGGUUGGGGUCUUGUUGGUCUCUGCGGCCCUCCAGGUUCUUGCGCUGAGACCCAACCUGCAAAUGUACUUGAAUGAGGCCGUUCUGUGCUGGUAUCAGAGGUUGCACUCUGCGAGGGCACCAGACUUGGAUUACGCACGGGCGAAGGUGUUCUUGCACAACCACUACGUUUGCACGGCGACGGUGCAGUUCUUGGGGCCGCCGCUCAUGGUGAUGGUCCUGAUCGGAAUUGCGCUUGUACGAGGUAACCUCUUCGGCGGCGUUUUGAGUUUCGAUGACGAUUGCUCGGAUGCUGUGAAGGGCUGUGCUCUGUUUCUUGCCUGGUGGGCUGUUUUUGUCCAGGGGCUUUUGAUGAUGGGGAACGUUGGGCUUUUUCGAUUCGGCCUCCUGUUCGUUUCUUGACUUCGAGAUGAGCAUUUUGGUGUCGAUUGAACUGGGUUACGAUUUAGUUGCAUCAUGCAGCUCUGCGGUGAUUUCGUUUGUUUUUAAAUUUGUUUGCAUCACCCAUGCUAUUGUUUCGGAAUUGGAUAUCAAAAUCUGUAAGCUUCAUUGAAUGCGAACUAGCCAGUAAAUUGGUUUGUUAAACUCCACGAUACUUAAUAGGAGGCAUUUUUCUGAA